CUUUUUGAAGACUGGGACCACUGAUGCCACCCUCCAGUCCUCUGGAACCUCAUCCAUUCUCCUCAUGGUCUCAAAAAUGAAGGCCAACUUGCGUGAGAGUACCCCUGCCAACUCCAAAAGCCCCCUUGGCUGUAACCCAUUGGGGCCUGGUGCCUUUGUAAAGUCCAGUGCCCUGAGGAGCACCUCAACCUCAAGAUGGGUGACUCUAACCUGUGCCCCUAUAUCCCUGACCUCAUCCUGUCCCCUAUGUAGAUCUCCCCUGUCCUGCUUUGGGGGGAACACAGGGGCAAAAUAAUCAUUUGCCUCUAUGCCUGUUCCCUUUAUAUCAGCCACCGAAUCUCUUUCCUCCUUAUUAAGCGGUCUCACCACCUGUCUCCCCUUCCUCUUGCUAUUUACUUGUCAAUAGAAGCCCUUUAUGUUGUUCCAGUUAUUCUUUGCAAGUCUCAGCCUAUAAUCAGCCUUAGCUUUGUGAAGAAUACUUCUGCAAUGAGCUUCCUUCUCUCACUCUAUCUUUUUGUCCACUUGCCCCAGUGUCCAUUUCUGAUGGAGGUUGCUCUUACAUCUAAUCCCUCUUACCACCUCUGUUCACAUCCACAGUGGUGCUCUCCUUCACCUUGUUGCCUUGCUAACUAUCGGAAUGGUCAAGGCUUGAACCUCCAAGACCUCCCUGUUUGGCUCUAUCCACUGCUCCUGAACUCCCUUGCAUUCCAGUACCUUCUCCCAGGAGACUUUCCCCAGUCUGGCCUUCAAUUGAUCAAAGUUGGCCCUUGUGAGGUCCCAGCUUCUAGUACUCGACCUGCCACUUGUCCCCGUUCCCCUAAUCUCAAAGCAAAGGAUGGCAGGAUUACUUGCAUCCAGAGCUCCCCUAAUCUGCACCUCAUCUACCAGGUCUUCCUUGUUGGUUAAAAUCAAGUCAAGAAUACCUCCCCCCACAUCACCUCCUGGACCCUCUGUGUGAAAAUCCUUCCCUCCAUAGUAUCUAGGAAGUGAUGUGACCUGGCUGCCACCACUGAGUGAGUCUCCCAACUAAUAUCUGGGAGAUUAAUAUCUCAUAAUUAUUGUGUCCCUCCCCCAGGAUAUCCUUCCAAUCUGGUCCAUCAGGGCAUCAUCCAGGGUCUCAAGAUGACUCGAUGGGCGAUAGCAUACCCCCACUGUCAAGUCCCUGCUCUUGUCAAGACCCUUCAGUAUUACCUAGACUGACUCUACCAGAUCCCCAUCUGCACCACCCUCUAUCUCAUUGCAUCCUGCCCCUUCCCUGACAUAUAAUGCUACAGCCCCUCCCCUCUUUCCCUUCCUCUCCUUUCUAAAGAGGACAUACUCCUCUGAUUUUACAUUCCAAUUCUGUCUUUCAUCCCACCAUGUUCCCCACCAGGUUAUACCCUCCUGAACCCUGAAGUCCACUGGUGAGGAACUGGGUGCCGUGAUUGACUAACCUGAAAUGUUUCUUCCCACAGCAUGCCCUGAGCCAGGCAUUUGUCUCCACAACCCUCCUCUCCCUGAUUGGCCCAAAUCCCUGGACAGGCAAGAGAGAAGAAAAGACCACCUGGAUCUUUAGGACCUCGACUUUCUUGCCCAGAGCCUCAGAGUCCCUAAGCGAUCCCAGCCACCCCAAGCCUGGACAUGUCAUCGUCCCCAUGUGAAUUGGGAGAAGCAGCUGAGAACUUGGCAAGAGACGAGGACGCUCCAGUCUCUCUGUCAUGUGCUGGAUGCAUGCGCCUGGCAGGCAGCAGACCUCCCUUGCAUCAAGGCCAGGGUGGCAGACCACCACCUCAGUACCCCUUAGCAAGGAGUCCCUGACAAUGAUCACCUGCCUUCAUCUCUUCCCAGUGGAGGUAGAUGGCCAUGCCUUGGCUGCAUCUGGCCCCAGGUUGGAGUUCUCAAACAGGUCGGUCCCCCACGUCAUCAUCGGCCCCAGCCCCCCACAAGCAGAGAAAACCUAUUUCCCACCUCCAGGUCAGUGCCAGGAGACGGAGGAGGCUGUGCCGGCCGCCUCCUGCUGUGGAUGACAUACCUCCAGGUGUCCCUGCCUGUUUCCCCCUCAGCCCCUCCCUCAUCCUUCUGCCCAGAAGGGGGCUGCUCCCAGUUGGCCUGAAGAACUCUCUUGGCCCUGUCCAGCAAUCGCUCACCCUCCCUUAUCCCCUGGAGGGAGGCAAGGGCAUCUCCAGACUCCCUGACCCCUCACCUUCUCCUCUAGGAGGGACACCAGCUUGCACCUAGUGCACGCGUAUCCCUGCUGUUCCCGAGGGAGCUGGACAAACAUGGCUCAGGUGUCACAUUUGACAGCAACUUGUGGCUCCUGCCAUGGCCGUCUCCUGGCCUGACAUAGCCCACCCCUCACAGGCCCUCCCACUACCCCCCCUUGUCUAUCCUACACCACCCUUUCUCAGCUUUCCUCACCUUGUUCUCCCAGACAGAAAAUACAGUAAAACGAUAUGAAGAAUUAAAUACAAUGACCCAGGGAAAGAGAGUCCCAGGAAAGCCUGGGCCUCAGACAAGGGAUGAUGCCUUUAACUGGUUGAUUGGGCCUGACAUCCCCCCCUUCCCUGAUGUUUGUGAAUUCCUGGCUCAGUCCACCUGCUGGGGCCACAGGUGGCCAUUUGCAAGAUGCCAUGGGUCUGGCUGACCACAGAGGAGCUGUGGGGCUGUAACUGGACUCUGCCCUGGAAGAUUCAGGAAGGCUUCCCUUCCUGCCAUGAUCAGGUCCUUCCAAUCUCAGGCCCCACCUUUCUUGUGGACAUGUAUCCCCACACCACCAGGACUUUCCCCUCCCCUCUCUGUGAAGACCAUGGUCUCUUCCAUAUUCACGCUGGGGCAGAUUUAUAAAGCUGGACUGAAUCGUGCCUGUGUUCCUCCAUUUCUAGGCCACCCUGACAGUGCUGCUGGACCACCUCAGCCUCGUUGCUGCUUUCCACCCCGCCAACCGCAUGCACACCCAGAACCUUGCUGUGUGCUUUGGGCCUGUGUUGCUGAGCCAGGGCUCAGGGGGCCCGGGGGCCCACAGCCCCAGCCAGCACCACCGACCCAUUGCCAGCACCAUGGACUUCAAGCACCACAUCGAAGUGUUGCAUUAUCUGCUGCAAGCCUGGCCAACCCCACGCAGGAGGCUGGAAGACGAAGAGCACAUCACACCCUGCAGUCAAGUGCUGCGCCAGCGCCAUCCACCCUUAGAUCUGCCGCUGCUGCCAGCCACAGUUGUGGCCCGAAGCCGCCCACGAGGCUUGGAAAGUCCUCCCAGCAAUCGGUAUGCCGGAGACUGGAGUGUCUGUGGGCAGCAAUUCUUGGCAGGACCCAGGCUGGGCUGUGACCUGGACUAUGAUGAGGUGGCAGGGAGUGCAAGUGAGAAUGAAGAGGAGGCAAAGGAAGAGGUGACUCUGAGAGAAGGGCUGGCACACCACAGCCAGACCGUCUUCACGGGAGGCUUUGCCUUGGUGGAGAACCCAGAAGCUCCUCCCUUCAGCCCAAGGCUCAACCUGAAGGACUUUGAUGCCCUCAUUUUGGACCUAGAGCAAGAACUUUCCAAGCAGAUCAAUGUCUGCCUGUGAGCAUUCUCUCAGGAUGUCAAAGCAGUGUGAACUGUUGGGAGGUGCCUUGGCCGGCUCCUGCCCGUCAGUCUAUGGCCAAGUCGAACUCGGGCAGUUGAUCUUGCCUCCAUUAUCAGUAUUCUUUUUGUUUAUGAUGCCUUGAUCCAAGUGAGGGCUCUUCUGGUCUUGAGCCAGUGUGUCCCCUUGCUGAUUGGCCAUUAGCCUGUAAUUGCCGAUGAUGCUGACCAUCUGAAUUUUCAACGUGGAAGCAGUGGAGGAUAGAGGAAGGAGCCAGCUCCAACCACUACCUUGAUUCCAUCCUUCAGUGCAGCCUUCCUCACCUGGGACCAUCCAGAUAUGCAGUUCUCAGAAUUCCUGAACAUUGGCUGUGCUGGCUGUGGCUAGGGAGCACAGGAGCCCAAAUCAGUAACCUGGCGAAGGCUGCCUUAAUUGUUCCAAGGAGAAAAGUGACUGCUCAAGGUUUGUUUUCUUUGGUCAAAAAAGUAUAUCUUGAAUGAGUUGAAUUUAUGUAGCAGAACUCCCUAAUCAUCCAGAGCACUUCAGCAUACUUGAAGGUUGGUCAGUAUUGUUUUCCUCCCUUAUUACGGGCAGAGACUGUUGCUUACCAAAGGCUGGACAGCUCAGUGAAUUAAUGGCUGAGCUGAGGCUUGAACCAGAGACCUGUACCUUGUGUCCUAACUGCUCUGUUCAGGCAUGGCUCUGGGUCUGAGAAGAUCCACAGCAAAAUGCCCCCUUCUAUGUGGGUUAGCCCAAGUAGUUUCCUGUUACACCUGUGCCUGCCCUGAUGUACUAGGCCAGUUGGCUGCCUUGGGAAAGCUCUUGUGUUCAAGAGGGCAAGUGUGUCCAAGUGUUUUCCAAAGGGCUUACAUAUAUUACGGAGCAGGCUAGGCACCAGCUUGUGCUGGCCCCUGGCCCACUGGCAUGCAUGAUGGCAUCAACUGCAGCUAGCAUUUCCCCACUCACUGCGAGCCAUCGCCACCAAAGAAUCCAGGUGGGACAAAGCUGAAAGUGGCCAUGUGCUGUGUGUCCCUUCUUCCCAGCUGUCCAUAGCAAUGCCCUCUACAGCACAUACCUAGAAUCUUUGUGUGCUGGAUUCUAACCAGACUGAACCCCCACAGAGCACUGUGGAAGUUGGUUAUUUUUCUCUCCCUUUCAUAAGAAGGAGGAAAACCUGCUUGUCCCUAACUCCCCACUUUCAAUGCAGUUCUCAUGGAGCAGUUUCAGCAACAGGAGAGCCUCAGGACAGAAAGCCAUAGCCAACCUGAUGGAGAAACAUGGUACAGGAAGUGUGGAUUCUUUUGUUUUGAAAUGUGUAUGUCCUUAUGGACAAUUAAAACUAUCUGUCACUAUA